AAACCUCCGGUGUGAUGCUUCAACCUCUUAAUUACCACCAAAAGUUUCCGAAAGACACAUUUUGACUUGUAUGGUGAAACCCAAGAUGUACAUGAUAAUCCUUUUUCUUAUUUAUAGACAAAAUGAUAAAUUUUUGUAAUGAAAAGAACUAUAUCCUGUGCAGGUUGUGUUUUCAUCAAACCUAGAGGAGUUGCAAUUGUGCUCGAUUGAGCGUAUUAGCACCAUAUGGCACACUUCGAUGAUAUCUUGUUUUGAGAAACUGAAGAUAUUAAUUAUUCAUGACUGCAAAGAUCUGGAAUACCUAUUCUCAUCUUCGGUUGAAUCGGAUUCAGAAGGGAUGAUCCAACCUCUCCUUCCAAAACUAAAGAGGUUAGAAUUGGGAGAUUUGCCCCGGUUGAAGAGCAUCUGUAGGGAGAGGGCAGCAAUGGUAUGUAAUUCUCUUGAAUCGAUUGUAAUUUGGAAUUGCUAUAGCCUAAGAAGGUUCCCUCUUUAUCUUCCCCAACUUGAAAAUGGACAACCAUCUCCUCCUCCUUCCCUCAAACAAAUCGUAGUAUGGCCACAUGAAUGCUGGAAAUCUUUAGAGUGGGACCAUCCUAAUGCAGAGCGUGUCCUUCUAGAAUUCUGUGGAAGAUAUCAUUCGUUUCCUUUCAAAUUAGUAGAAGGGCGCAUUAAAAGGUUAGAGUUCACCGAUAUUGAUGUAGAGAUUACUUGGCUGCCACCAUCCGUACAAGAAUUAGUUCUUAAUCGAUGCAACUACUUAAGAAGCUUAAAUGAUAUCUCUUCCACUAAAGAUGCAGAAGAAUUGGAGUGCUGCAGGAUUUGGAACUGCAAUGGCGUGAAGUGUUUUCUUUCCUCGUCCAUAAAUCUACUGGCCCAAAAGCUUGAGGUUCUGGAUCUUUUUAGUUUGGAAAACUUGGAAGCCCUUUUUGAAGCAGAGGCAAUUACCAAGUCACCACUACCACCUGACACUUUUUCAUCUCUUAAAACCAUAGGUGUUUGGCACUGUCAUAAAAUAAAGACGUUGUUCCCCUUUUGGAUGAAUCUCCAGAGUCUAGAAGAAAUUAACAUUGGAUUUUGCAAUCAGAUGGAAGAAAUAAUAGUAUGGGAUGCAGAAGAAGCAGGAGGAGAAAAAGAAGGGGUCAUCCAACUCAUUCUUCCAAAAUUAAAAAUUUUAGAUUUGAAAGAAUUGCCCGCAUUGAAGAGCAUCUGUAGCAGGAGGGCACUAAUGGUAUGUGAUUCUCUAAAAAAGAUUCGGAUCUGGAAUUGCGAGGGCCUAAGGAGGAUCCCUCUUUAUCUUCCUCUGCUUGAUAACGGACGACCAUCUCGUCCUCCUUCCCUCGAAGAAAUCGUAUUAUGGCCACAAGAAUGGGGGGAAUCGUGGUGGGAAUCGUUGGAGUGGGACCAUCCCAAUGCAAAGGAUGUCCUUCUUCCGUUCCUUAAUUUCACUCCGCGGUGGCACUAAUUUUCUUUAAUCAAGGAAGAGGAAGAAGAAAUCACCUAUUGUCACUCUGCAACAGUCAUCUUCACCAUGGCUCCCCUAAUCGUUGUGGAAAAGGAAGCUGAGAUAUCCACCUCUAUCUCUUCAGGGGCGUCAAGGAAUUUGGAUACUUCUCAAAAGAGGAGCCCCGCAAUUCUUUAUUUGCAGUGCAUUGUGAGUUGUAUCAAUUUCUGUAACUGGUCUUUUGGUCCUGGGAUUUUUUUGAACUCAAUUGUAUUGGCAUUUUGUGUGUUGGAUUUGGUAUUAGGAUGCAAUUCCAAUGGAAGUUUGGGUUUCUUGUAAAUGUCAGGUUAGUAAUACUAUGUAUAGGAGUUUUGGGGUGAAAUGCAGUUGAUUAAUCAAAUAACUAGUAUCGU